GUUGCUCGUUUUGCUCCACGUCGGCUGCACAGGCGCAGUCACAUAUUUCACCUGCUGGGAGAUGAUAUACGCCGAUCAGAGACACAGACACCAAGGAUUAGGUUAAAGGCAUUUCUCAUAAAAGCAUAAUUGGUCUGGACCUUGCUUUCUGAAAACAUGUUCAAGAAAUUAAAGCAAAAAAUAAACGAGGAACAGUCACCCCAAAGGAAUGCGCAGGCAGUACAACAACAGGCCCAGGUGGGCCCUGGUGACCAGCGCAGUCGAGCCUCGUCCUUGCACCAAGACGAUGGGCAAGCCUCAGCAACCACGAGCGAUAGGGAGCUGUUAGCCGGGAUGAUAGCUGAGCCUGCUUUUCUCUCUGAGUACACUAUCUUUGCUCUGGACCAUUCCAAAAGACCCAAAGGGGCCCAGGUGGCCAGUGCGAACGCCGCUAAAAGCAUCACAGCGUCACCCAAACUCGGAGGAAACGUGAACGGCAACGAAAAUGCUUCUCCCCAGUCUUUCGCCCAGAAGCUGCAGCUGAAGGUGCCUUCCAUGGAGUCUCUGUUCCGCUCUCCUGUGCGAGGGGAGGGGCUGUUCCGUGCCUCUUCCCGGGAGAACCUGACCCGCGUCUCUUCCCGGGAGAACCUGACCCGCAGCUCUUCCCGUGAAUCGCUUACUGCCCUGGGGGAGAACGAGCCCCUGGGAACCCCUGCCUACGACCCCCCCUCGGACAUCGAGAGCGAAGCGGAAGACAUGUACAGCAGCGCAGAUACCCUGUCAAAGGAACAGCUUCUGCAUCGCCUGCACCAGAUGGAGAGGAGCUUGGGAAACUAUCGCGGGAAAUACUCAGAGCUGGUCACUGCUUAUCGGACAGUACAGAGAGAUAAAGAGAAAUCGCAGGCCAUUUUGAGUCAAAGCCAAGAUAAAGCAUUGCGCAGAAUUGGAGAGCUGAGAGAGGAGCUGCAGAUGGACCAACAAGCAAAGAAACACCUGCAGGAGGAAUUUGAUGCAGCCCUGGAGGAGAAGGACCAGAUGAUCACAGUGUUACAGACACAGGUGGCCCUGAUGAAGAAGCGGCUCCAGGUAAUUCCUGGAGGCGGAGUCUCGUCCGAGUCUGCUCCCACACAGGAGACACAGGAGGCGGAGUCUGCCCCAACACAGGGGUCUCAGGGGGCGGAGUCUUCCAUGCAAAGCCCCUCCAAAGACAUAAGCAGUGAGCCAGCGGUUGUGAAUGAGGCAGAGGGAGACACUGACCCGUCAAAGAAGAUGGAGGCCCUGCAGCAGCGUGUGCGGCGGCAGGAGAAUAUUUUACAGAAGUGCAAGGAGCUCCUGCACACGCACAAGGAGCGCAGCACCCAGCUGAGCAGCGAGAACGAGACCCUGCACAACCAGCUGCAGGAGCGGCUCCAGGAGCUGGAGAAGAUGAAGGAACUUCACACUACAGAGAAAACAAAGCUCAUCACACAGCUUCGCGAUGCCAAAAACCUCAUCGAGCAGCUGGAGCAGGACAAGGGCAUGGUGAUCGCGGAGACCAAGCGGCAGAUGCACGAGACGCUGGAGAUGAAGGAGGAGGAGAUCGCACAGCUGCGCUCACGGUUCCAGCAGGUGGCAGCACAGAAGGACGAGCUGCAGGAGCAGAAGGAGAAGUCUGAGAAAGCCGCAUUUGAGGAGUUGGAAAGGGCUCUGGGCGUGGCUCAGCGGGCGGAGGAGGGGCGGAAGCAGCUGCAGGCACGGAUGGAGGAGCAGGUGAAGGAGGUGGAGCGAGCCAGCGAGGAGGAGAGGAAGAACCUGCAGCAGGAGCUGUCCCGUGUCAAGCAGGAGGUCGUCAGCAUCAUGAAGAAGUCGUCGGAGGACAGGGUGACGGAACUGGAGCGGCUGCAUGCGGAGGCCCUGGCCAGUAAGGAGAAGGAGCUGCUGGCCAGGCUGCAGGACCAGGAGUCCCGGGUUCAAGAGCAGAUCAGCCAGGCUGUGGAGGCGUGUCGGAAAGAGCUGACUCAGGCUCUUCAGGAGAAGGAGCAGCAGGCAGCUCUGGCUCUGGAGGAGGCGGAGCUGCAGAAGACUGCCCUCCAGAAGGAGGGGCAUAGCCAGGCCCAGGGGCUGCAGCAGGAUCUGGAGACUGCCAGGACUAGAAUUCUGGAACUUGAGAGCUUCUUGAAGAGUUCCCAGGACACAACGGCAGAGUCCAGCAUGCUGUCAGGGCAGAUAGAAGAGGAAAGGAGGAAACAUGUGGAGGACAUGUCUGCUCUGGGGCUGAAGCAUAGUGGAGAGCUGGAGGCCUUGGGCCAGAGCCACCAGGUGGCUCUAAAUGAGCUGCAAGAGAAGCACCAAGCUGAGCUGGAGGCUGCCCUGAAGGAAAAAGAGCAGCAGUUCCAGGAACAUGUGGAGGAAAUGAAUGUCAAGUGCCUGGAGAAGUUGGACGUGAAACAGAUAGAGCUGGAAUCCCUGUCCGCGGAACUCUCUGAGUUGCUUAGAAGCAAGGAGCUGCUGGAGGAGCAGCUGGAGGCCUCCAGGAAUGGUUCUGAUGCGACCGGGAAGGAGUUGGAGAUGCGGCUCCAGCAAGAACGCUCCCGGUACCAGGAGGAGAUUCAGGGCAUCAAAUCUCAACAUGAACAGUCUCUAGGAGGAGUGGAGAAGACCCUGAAGGAGGAACUCAACAAGCUGAAGAUGGUCCUGGAAGAUAAAGAUAAAGCGUUGGAAGAGCUCUUAGCAAGAGAGAAAGACCUUAAAGAAGCAGAGGCAAGAGCUCUGGAGGAAGGGAAGGUUCAGUUGGAACAGCUGGCUGUUUCUCACCAUAAGAAGAUGGAAGAAUGGGAAGAACAGAGCAAGGUCAUGAAGGAGACCGAGAAGACCCGUGAACUGGAAUUGGAAGAGCUCAGGCAAAGUCUGCAGAAAGCCCAGUCUGAAAAAGAGGUUUUGCUUGAAGCAAGCACUCAGUUGAAUGAGGCUACAGGUGAGCUGGAACGAUGCAGGAGUCAAAUCAGAGAUCUAGAUCAAAAGCUGGAAGAAACCCAGAGGGUUUGGGAGGAAAAGACAGAGUCACUUCAGCAGAAAUAUUCAGCUGAGGAACAGGAGCUGAAACUUCAGGUAGAGCAAGCCAAAAAUGAACUAUCCGAACGUGAGAGGGCCUUUGCGGAAACACUAGACGCACACCGACAGGUGGAGGAGCAGUUAAAAAAGACGCUGCACGAGGAGGCAGCUGCCGCUGAGAAGAGGCUGGAAACCACCAGGCAGCAGCUGGAGGAAAAAGUAAAAGUGCAGGACACCAAGAUGGAAAAACUCAAGCUCAAGUUCAGAGAGAUACAGGAGAAGAUGAAAAAGCGCCAGCAGGAGCAAGAAGAGAAGCUGAAAGCGGAAAUUGAGAAGAAAGACCAUGAGCUGAGUCUGAAAGAUCUGCAGGUGAAGGAGAAGAUCCUGGAGAUGGGUCAAGCGAGCUCGGCCGGCAUCAGCAAUGCGAUCUCUCAGCUGGAAGCUGGUCAUCAGGAGCAGCUGGAGAAGCUGCAGUCGGCGCACAGAAAGGAUCAGGAAGAGCAGGCACAGAGCUGGCAGGCUAAACUGAGCCAGCAGGAGGAGGAGGGACAGGAGAAGGCUCAGGAGCUGGCGGAGGUCACCCAACAGCUGGAAACCACCAGGGCAGAGAAGGAGCAGGUCAUGCAGGAAAUAAAAGACCUCAGGGAGGAGCUUGCGAUGCGGGAAACCACUGUGCAGAAGCUGCAGGCAGAGCUGAAGGAAGCUGCCCUCUCGCUGGAGAGCUUGUCUCAAGGAGAAACGAUGCUGAAGGCACAAGUGGAGACUGUGGAGAAGAACCUCAACCAGGCUCUCAGCGAUAGGAAUGCUCUUCAGGACCAAAUGAAUAAAGCUGAAGAGGCCCAUGUAGGAAAAGUUCUGGAUCUGUCAAGGCAGCUUGAAGACACCCAAAACAAGUUAAAUUUUCUGGAAACUUCCAACUCUAAAGAAGGUGAGGAUCUUCACAAGAGACUGGAACAGAGUGUCCUACAAAUCAAAGCCAUGGAAGAUGCCUUUCACAGCCAAAUCAGUAUGAUCAAGGAACAGUUAGUCUGUAAAAGUGCAGAAGUACAGAUGAUAAUGGAGGGCAGGUAUAAUGAACUGCAUGAGACAGUAGAGGGCAGGGUCAUGACAUUGAAAGACAGAGUCAUUUGCAGCCAGAAGUCAGUAGCACAGCUUAAAAAUGCCAUCCUUAUCAGGACUGACAAGAUCCGUUCUUUGGAAGAACAGAUUCAGAAAAAGACUAUGGAGAACAGUGACUUAAUAAGUUCACUUGAACAAAUGACGUUACAGGUAAAUUCAAAGGCAGAACACAUUGAAGCAUUAAGAAUUGAAAAAGAAUCUCUACAAAGAGAUGGUAGUGGCACCUUGCACGCUCUUUCUGAGAAAGACCUUUGCAUUGAGCAGCUGAGGAAGGACAAUGUCGCCCUUUCCGAAGAUCUGAAAGCUAAUGCUUUGCAUAUCAGCAGCUUGGAAGGCAUAAUAAAUGACUUGAAAAUCCAGGUAGAUAGUACCAUAGCAGGGAAAGAAGAGGUCGUAUCAUCGCUCAAUGAGGAGCAGCGGAAGCUUUUAAACCAAAUGGAGGAACUGUCAAAGACUGUAGAGAUGCUAAACAAGGAGAAAUCCUCUGCUCUGGAGCAGGCGGAGCAGUUUAAGAACAAACUGUCAGAGUUCAAAAAGAAAGCUGAAUCGAAGUUGUCCCAAAACCACAACACCAUCAAGGACUUGCAGACCAAACUGGAGGAAUCGGAGAAGCAAGUAGCAGAGAGAGAUGCGCGCCUAGAAACGUCGACCAGCCAUGUGGACAGUCAGGCCACCAGCAAGUCGGAGGCAGACCAGGCACUGAGCGAGAAAGAGCAGGGUGUUCUCGCGCUGACCGCGGAGCUGACGAGCAGUGCCGGCAGAAUAGCGGAGCUGGAGGAAAAGCUGGCGGAACAGGCGAAGGAGUGCGAGCGGCUGAGAUCGGAGACCCAAAUGGCUCAUCAGGACCUGGAGCAACAGAAGGAAGAUUUCAACAAAGUGAAGGCUGAACUUCUGAUGGCCAAAGAUGAGGCUCUUAGGGAAGCUGACGAAAGGCUCUCGUCGGAGGGUGCAGGCAAACUGGCCGAGCUGAAGAAGAAGGCUGAGCAGAAAAUCGGCCUUGUUCGGAAGCAGCUGACUGCGCAUCUAGAAGAGAAAGAGCAGUGUGUGAGAGCUUUGGAGGGGCAGCUGGAGGAAAUCAAACAGGACAUAAACACAAGGGAGGAGUGCAUCAAAACACUGAAAGAGCAGGUACAGUCCCUGGAAGAUUCCCUGGCUCAGAAGGCCGAGCUGAAGAAGAAGGCUGAGCAGAAAAUCGGCCUUGUUCGGAAGCAGCUGACUGCGCAUCUAGAAGAGAAAGAGCAGUGUGUGAGAGCUUUGGAGGGGCAGCUGGAGGAAAUCAAACAGGACAUAAACACAAGGGAGGAGUGCAUCAAAACACUGAAAGAGCAGGUACAGUCCCUGGAAGAUUCCCUGGCUCAGAAGGGCGAGCUGGAAAAGCAGGUGAAGGACACUAUGGCUGAGGGUGAACUAGAGACAGAGAGAUCUCUGCAGAGCUUGAGGGAGAUGUAUGAAGAGAAACUAAGUGCACUCCAGAGAGAAGUGGCCAGCCACGAGAACACAAUAGCAGCAAUUCAAGAGAGUGAAAAGGAAAAGCUGUCCUCUCAAGAGGAAACGCACGCCAGGCUUGAAGAGGCCCUGAAGAAACUGAAGCAGGCAGAGGAGGAGAACAUCAGACAUCAAGCCGAGAUUAACAGGCUGAAUGCACACGUCCUUCAGCAGACCUCACAGGCCCAGGAGCAGCUGACAGAGACUUCUGCGAAUCCUCAGGGGCAAAGACAACCAAAAGCAGAAAAGCAGGAAGAAAAGGAAUGCUGUCUGGAGGAAGAGAAGAACAGUGUGGGCGAGAUUGCGGCCUGUCUGGUUGCCCAACAGGACAGUCUGAAACAGGACCGGGACUCCUUAGUGGAAACCUAUGAGCUGAGGCUCCAGAACAUGCAGAAACAGCUGGAGGUGAGCGAGAGCUUGCUGAGGGCUUAUGAGGAAGAUUCUCCUCAGAGGGCAGCCGUCAACUCCGAGGGUCUGUUGAGUGAGAUGAGGGCCGAGCAGAAACGCCUACUCGGUCAACUGUCUGAGGCAGAAACUGAGAAGCAGAAGCUGCGCAAGUCCUUCAGCAGCCUGCAGAAAGACCUGCGCUCUCUGCGCAAAGAGCACCAGGUGGAACUGGAGUAUCUGAAGAAAGAGAUGGCUGAAGAGUAUGACAAGAAAUUGAAGCUGGAAAUGGAGGAUGUGGAGAUGAAGCACAGUUCAGGACUGAAGCAGUUAAUGAGGGAAUUCAACACACAGAUUGCUAAGAAGGAACAGGAGCUGGAGGCUGCUGUCAGAGAGGCUGUUGGAAAAGCUCAGGAGGUGGAAGUUGAACUGUUGGAUAACCACAGAGAAGAAGCAAAUCAACUGCAGAAGAUCAUCACUCAAAAAGAUGCCGAUCUCAAGAGAACUGUGCAGAGAUAUGAGGAAAUCCUGCAGAAAAGAGAGGAAGAGAUGGGGGCGCGAGUCUGGGAGGUGCAGAAGGAGCUGGAGGAGCUACAGCAAAGGACUCAGAACAUCCCACAGGGGUCUCUACCAGAGCUGCAGGCUCAGCUCGCACAGAAGACCACCCUCCUGAGUGAGGCCAAGCUGAAAGAGCAGGAGUUCCAGGAAACGAUCCACACACUAGAGGACAAACUUCGAUGUGUCCACAAGAAUUCAGUGGUGACUCACCUAGGAUCUGCAUAUGGAGAUGGUAGACACUACGAGGCCUUGACGGAACCCACCGAGUUUGAGUACCUGAGGAAGGUUCUGUUUGAGUACAUGAUGGGCCGAGAGACUAAGACCAUGGCCAAAGUCAUCACAUCUGUGCUCAAAUUCCCCCCUGACCAGACUCAGACCAUCCUGGAAAAGGAGGACUCCAGAACACUUACAUGGCUGCGCUGAGAUCUUACAGCGGUAUCAAUGAUGGAGCUGGGGAAGGAACUGCUGCUGCAAUAUCAAGUUAAUGUGGAGUUACACCGCUGACGACUUGAACUAAACUGACGUCUGUCCUCUUGUCUUGGGUGGGUGUGUGUGCGCGUGCAUGCGUGUAUUUGUAUGUGUGUGUGUGUGUGUUCCCAUGUGUGGUACAUAGUGCAGGGGAAUGGUUAUAAUAUCCCAGGGAGUAAAUAAGCAGAAGGUGUGGCCCAUAGAGAUUCUUCAUAUCUGCUUUGGGGCUAAUAAUAAUGCUUUUUUUAAAUAAUGAAUUUUCAGUUGGUCAAAGGUUUAUGUGUUUUUCUGUUUUGUUUUUUUUUUUUUUUCUUGGCUUGAGGUAUUUUGAAUGAAUGAAUAGUGCAAUAAAUUAGAUUUUUUUUCUGUUUUAGUUUUUUACUGUUUUCUGUUCCUUUUCUCUCGAUGUGUAAGCUGAAUCUACUUACCUAUCUCCUCUUCCAUCGGCUUUGAGCGAUAAUGACACUGGAUCUAGUACCUCGUUUGUUUACCACGGCUUUUGUACUUUAUAUUUUAUGGAUAAAUGCAGAUUGAUGAAAAUGCUUAUUCUAUUGUAAAUUGUAAAUAAGGAAUUUAAAUCUGUAUAUUAAAAUCUGGGCAUAUUGUGAUUGUUGCUAUAUUAAUACAUUUACAGACAAGCUAAUAAAAUUUUAUUUACAGUACAUA